UUAUCUGUGUGGCCAGCUGACCUUAUCGUCGUCGUGUUGGCUGCGAUUACAUAGCCCGAAGCUCGUCAACAAUUUAUAUUCAUUCCCGUUUCUCGGCUUUCUCUAGCUCACAGUCUCAAUAUAAACUGGUUUAUAUGGCGUUUGCUUGGUUUUCUUUCAAUCAAUUUCCCUCCCUUAAGUGAUACACGCAAUUUGGUCAUUUAUAUUAGACGUUGAAUGGCUACUACUGCAGCCGAUUGGAGCGAUCCUGCUCGUUACGCCUAUGCCUCGCUGUUGGCCUUGAGUUUGAAUGAACGUCACAGCCACGAGUCGUGUGAUCCUGAAUUUCGCCAGCAAUCCCUGCGUCGUCUGCUCGAGCACGUCAAACUCAUGCGGUGCGAGCCGAUGAUGCAGUUGCUGAUGGAAUCCGAGUCGGGCCACACCAGAGAUCCGUACGUUCAAAUGUUAUUGGAGGAGCCGGAAUUUCACGGCGAUGGAACCCGAGUCGUUUACGACGCAUUACAAUGGGCUCUAGUGCUCGGCAAUUAUGACGCUCGUAUCCGAGUUAUCCUUCACGAAUGGGCCACCCAACUGUUUGGAUUGAGCGUGGAACACUUUGAAAUGCUGGAAGACGCCAUCGUCCAUCGUGUGGAACGAGGACUCCGUACCAAAACUUUGCAGGAAGAAGAACGAGAGAAGAAGGAAAUGAAAAUGAAAAAAGUCAAGAAAUUCGCAUGGAUUGGAGCCGCUUCCGUCGGCGGAGGCGUCCUGGUCGGUUUGACUGGCGGAUUAGUGGCGCCACUAGUCGCCGGAAGUUUAGCAGCUCUUCUGGGUGUGGGCGGUGGAGCUGCAGCGGCUGGAAGUGUGGCGGGAGCGGCCGUGAUCGGUUCGCUGUUUGGUGCGGCCGGCGCCGGCGUGUCGGGCUACAAGAUGAACAAACGAGUGGGCGACGUCGAAGAGUUUUUCUUUGUUCGUCUGUCACCUGGCGAAGGCUCACGACUGCACGUCACCAUUUGCUGUCCCGGUUGGCUUCCGCCACCCGAUCAAAACCAAUUGGCAGAAGAAUUUGAAGACGAAAAUAGCGACGACGACGAUGAAAUAGAAGAAUCCAUUGAACGACGUCUGAUGCAAUCGUUUGACGGAUUGAUUCAUUCCCGGGAGCAGUACGGACUCCAAUACGAGACGAAAUAUCUGGCCGAAAUGGGACGUGCCAUCGAUGCCGUUUGCAGAUUGGCCAUUUCAAUGGCGGCCACCGAAGUUCUUAAAAUGACCAUUUUUCACGGUUUAGUCACGGCUGUUGCUCUUCCACGAACCAUCCUUAGUUUGACGUCCGUCAUUGAUAAUCCAUGGAACGUCUGCUGUAACCGGAGUGCCCAGGUCGGGCAAAUGCUGGCCGAGACGUUGAUGGAUGGCACAUUCGGACGUCGGCCCGUCACUCUACUUGGAUUCAGCCUAGGAGCCCGGGUCGUCUAUUUCUGCCUCAAGGAGCUGCACAGGAGAGGUGGACGCGGGAUCGUUCAGGACGCCGUUCUGAUCGGCACUCCCGUCACUGGUAAUCCUAGUGAAUGGCGGCCGUUACUGGACGUCGUUGCCGGACAACUGGUCAACGCCUUUUCCCGCAACGACUGGGUCUUGAAAAUUGUUUACCGGACAGCGUCGGCGGCUUAUGACGUGGCGGGACUGGAGGGCGUCGAUAUCCAACACGAUCAACUCGUCAACGUCGACCUUUCUCAUCUGAUCAGCGGUCACGGCGACUACAGGACCAAAGCCGACCAAUGCCUCAAGGCUAUCGCAUUGCUCCGCGUCAUCCCGAUAACAACAACAACCACAUCGUCGCAACAACAGCAACAACAAUCGCAAAGUCAACAGGACGACCGGCCCAUUCCGGAUGGAGGAGAGAAGGAGGAGGUGGGCGGAUGUCGAGAUGCCAAUUCCACCUGAUUAGAUUGUAAUCUAUUAUCAUCCGCAUUCCGCAAUCACGACUCAUUAAUGACGAAUAACCGCCUCCAUUCCAUUAUAGUCUGAGAGACAAUACAAUUUCUCUUGUGCGCAGA